GUGUCUGACGGGCGGGAGGUGAUACUCGAACAGCUGCGGGCGCGGGCGAGUGCUUCAGAGCAAGGGUAAGGGUGCCGGCACUGGUGUCAGCAUGGCUUCCCCGGACUCACAGGCCACCACCUACGCUCCGCCCGCCGUGCCCUCGGGGGUCGUUGCCGUGCUCCUCACCAUCCCCUUUGCCUUCUUCCUACCGGAGCUGGUAUUUGGGUUCUUGGUCUGGACACUGGUGGCCGCCACGCAUGUCUCGAGACCCUUGCUGCAUGGGUGGGUGCUGUACGUGUCCCUCACCUCGUUCCUCAUCUCCCUGAUGUUCCUGUUGUCCUACCUGUUGGGGUUUUACAAGCGAUUUGCGUCCUGGAGAGUCCUGGACAGUCUAUACCAUGGAACCACAAGCAUCCUGUACAUGAGUGCCGCCGUCCUGCAAGCACACGUCACUAUCAUGUCUGAACACUAUAACAUAAAUGAGUACUACAUCAACACUGCAGCUUCGUUCUUCGCCUUCCUCACCACCCUGCUCUAUAUUCUGCACGCCUUCAGCAUCUAUUAUCACUGAAGGGCCAAGGAACCAAAGCCAGUGAGACUCGCUUUCUGGAGGCCGUGUGUGACUGUCCCCAAAGCAGGUCUUGCCAUUUGCCAUCCGGGUGAUAAACACAAGUCCAGCAAACCACCCACCAGACCGUCUUUCUGGAAUGUGUGCGGAGGCCCACUUCGGCAUUUUUCUCUCUGGACAUUUUUACUCCUCACGGUGACUAUGAGGAAACUGUCCCACCACCAAUGAUGACUGGCCCCUACCCUGAAAAUCCACCCCGUCCUCCACCCUUCGCCUUGAAGAUGACUGCCUCUUGAAGUUACUUACCGUGAAUUCAGCUCUUCUAGAAAAACAACUUUGAACCCCUCACCAGUCAAAAUACCAGCUCUGCCAUCACUCCUGUUUAGGAUCUCUUGUCUCGGCAAUGGUGCUCCCCACGAUAGGUUUAGGAAUAGCCAAUCUUAGUUCCUAAGAUCAGCAAAGCUCCAUGAAGGCCUGUAGGUCUAACAUAGCACCACCCUUGUGCAGACCUCCCUUGUAGCUACUGCUGCUACCCUGGAGCAGCUGUCCCCCUCUGCCUUCUUCCUCCCGUCCCACCCCUGCUUCCUCCGCAUUAAAGAUCCAAAGAAAAUGUACAUAAAACCAACUCAGAGGGUGUAUUUAUGGAAGAAACAAGUGGUUGGGCUUGGGGAGUCAGAAUGGGAAUGACAUAGCCAGUUAAUGCCUAAACCAGGUCCUUCAGAAACUUCUGGGCUCAGUGUACCUGCACGGAGCUUCAAAGACCAACCUAAGGACCAGAAGUUUCCUCAUCCUUCAGGAAAGACUUCAGAGAAGGAGAUGGGAACGUGGCAACCAUGGAUUUACCUUCCAGCUCCUCCUGGGAACAGCAGGAAGAAGCAGUUGCUGUACUGGAGCGGGGGCUGUGAAAGGACCCGUUUGGAGGUUCUGUGAUCACUUCCAUGUACCCCCAGCUCUUCCUGGAGACCCUCUGAGUGGGGCCAGUCUGCAGGAUUCAUCAUGGAAGGGCGUUUGUGUUUGGGGGCCAUUUUUCUAAGAACACACCUUGUGAGAAGAAAAAGUAUGAGGUCAAGUGAAAACCCCAGAAUCUGCGGGGCUCCCUGUCGCGUCAUCACCUGGGAGGGUCUCUCAGCCCCUUGCCAAAGGCUCCUGCGUGGCUGGGUUUCCUCACCCAACAGGCCAACAGGACACAGCCCCACGACUGCCUAAAUAAAUAAUAACCAACAGGGAAU